AUGUCUGGCUUCGGUGCGCCCGGUGGUGGCGCCGCCAAUUACAAGCCGACACCUCCAGAGCGCGGUUCGUUUCCACUUGACCACGACGCAGAAUGCAAGCACGUCAUCUCCUCCUACCUACGCUGCCUGAGAAGACAAAAUCCUCCUGGAAGAAACAAUGAAGAGUGUAGGCUACUCGCCAAAGAAUAUCUUGGGUGUCGCAUGGAGAAGGGUCUGAUGGCAAAAGACGAGUGGUCAAACUUGGGAUUGGAGUUUGGCAAAACAGCAACAGGAGACCAGAACACUGCUGGUGCUGGCGAGAGCAAGAAGAGUUGA